AUGUCUGAAGAGCAAAGCCAAGCUUUUAUUGAACCAAAUACAAUUUAUAGUCCAUCAGAGAUCCUUGAAUGAUGCACCACAGGCAAACCAAUAAAUCUUCCUAGAGCAGUUGAAAGCUCAAUCCCAUUUCGUUCAAAAUUUGCACUUUUUGACAUACCAUUUUGUUUGCAUGACCGUAGCUUCAAAGAAGAUGCGCUGUACUCAGAAGAACUAUUUUUGAAAAAGAACAUUACUCCCCCUUUAAAUUGAAAAAUUCUGUUCCAAAUUAAAUAGAGGUUAUUUUUUGAGAAAAAAAUUAUAUAAAUUUGCAUCAACUGUUUAAAUAAAAUUCUAAUUGAGCAUCAUCUAUUAAUGAGUUUAAUAGUAUUUAUAUAGAGAUUAUAGUUUCCCUAUGAAAUUUUAAAAUUAUUUUCUGGGUUUUUACCCAAAAAAUUAAAAAUCCAUUUGGGGUUAGAAGUGGAAACUCUAUUAUGAUUCAACUGAAAGAAACAAAAAAUAGCAGUGGUGCUGAUAAGCCAUCAAGAAUAAUGCGCUAUUCGUACUCAAAUGCCUGAUUUGUAAGAAGAGGCAUGCAGAAGAUUUUUGAGUUGUACCCAGAGUUUACCUUCCAAUGCAACACAAAAGAUCUCAACACAAUCGGAAGUUUUGCUGGAAAUUAUCCAUUAAUCUACAGCCAAGAUCCCCAAAGAGAGCUUAUGAGGAAAUUAAUAUUUUAUGAUGUUGAAGAGACUAUUAUAAGAAAAGGAUUAUCAGUUGACGUAUACAGGACAACUCAAGCAAAUGGAGAAAGUGCUCAGAUAUCAUAUUCAAGGCAACUUGAUGCCUGGAUAAUUUCAUCAAAAAAUGUCAGCAUAGCUGCAAGAAGGGAAGAAGAUUUGUAUCAAUUGCAUGAAGAAAAAUAUAUUGAAAACAAAUAUAUGUUUGAAUCAUAUGAAGAAAAAUAUAUUGAAAGCAAAUAUAUGUUUGCAAAGCUAAUUGGAUUCAAGUGGUUUGAUUACGUCAAUUCUUUAAACAGAAACCUAGUAGAAAAUUUAAAGAAUGACUUAGAUGGAUUUACCUUUAUAGGUGAAUACGUAGGUAAUCAAAAAUACCAGCAUUUAGUAAAAUACAAUGAAAACACCAUAUUGUUUUUUGCCUAUGUCGAUAAUAAUUCUCCACACUCCUUUAUGCCACCAUUAAAAGCAUUUUCAUUAUUCAAAAAAUAUAAUUUAAAUCGAGUAGAAGUAGAAUACAUUGGAAACAUGAGGACUCUUGAAGAAUUAUAUAGAAAUUUAGGCGAUUUAUAUAAUAAAAUCUCAUCUGAGGCCUUAACUGAAGGAGAAGGAAGCGUUAUUUAUCUGCUGGAAAACCAAAAUCCUGAUAACCCUAUAUUAUAUGCGGCAAACACUACAAUUUUUGGUAAUCAGCCCGAAAAUUUUACAGAGCAAGAGCUCUCGCAAGCAAUUUUAAGCCAAUUUGCUCUAUCUGCGAUAAAAAUAAAAACUCUUGAGUACAAAAUUUUCAGAAUGCUAAGAGAAAAGAUUAAAAAAGUGAUUUCAGAUAGAGGGAUGAGAAUACCCUCUUCAAAAGUGAGAUUAAAAAAAUUUAUGCAUAAGACCCAGGAUUUUUCAAGAUAUAUUGAGCCCCCGAAGCCUUUAGAUUAUUAUUUUAAAAUUGCUGAAGUCGCUUUUGCUUCUAUAAGUCAAUAUCCAUCAGAAAGUAGAUUCAAUGAAGGAUUUAUUUAUUUUCUUGAUACGAUAAUUUUAAGAAUUAAUUCUGCCAAACCUUCAGAAAUCUGUGACAAGGAAAUUAAUUCUGAAAAAUGUAUCGAAGAGCUAAAUCCCCUUAUCGUCACUAUUGUCACUCCACCUUUUAUUCUGGAUAAAUCCGAAAAGAACGCAAUAUGUGAUGCUUUAAAAUCCACAAAAAUCGAGAAAACAUGAAACAAGAAAAUAAGAGUAAAAGAAGGCUUAACGGUUUGUUUUCCUCUAGAAUUUAUGGAAAUUAAAGAUCGUGUCCCAGAAAUACCCUUUUUGUAUUUUAUAGGACCACAGAUGAGGGAUUUAAAAAAUCUGAAAAUAUCAUUAGAAUGCGCCAAAGGAUAA